UCAGACACCACCCAACUUCUGAAGCCAGAGUUCAGCACCCGAUGGCAGAUGCUAAAACGACAGGGGCCAACGAGGGGCAACCAGCCCCGGAGACCAUUGAACAGCAGCCGGCUGAGGAGAACCUCUCAGAGACUCAGGAGCUUGGCGAGUCCGACGCAGAGGUAGCAUCCCAAGGACAGGCAUCCACGAACCAGACGGAAGGCUCCGGCUUUGGAGAGGCCAUGACGGUGUUGAAGAUGACUUUGACCGAGAUCACCUUGCUGCGGACAUCCUUUGAUUUGCUCCUGCAAUCCCUGGGGAACGACCGUGAAGCCGUGGGAGAUGCCAUUUACGGCACGAAGAUCAUGGCAUUGGUGGCUAUCAAGGACAGUUUCAAGACACCCAGAGCGGUAAUGUCCCUUCGCUUUUUCAACUGCUUUCGACUUCUGCUGGAGAAGGCAGAAGACUUUGAUGAGCUGAAGAUUUACGUCGAGACCUUGGCAUUUAAGCAUUUGAACCUCGAAAUCACGGAGCUGCGCGUGGGUCGCGUGCAGGAUGCCUUUCUGGAGCUUUUGAACCAGAACGUGCCCAACUUGCCUCCUGGCACCAACGCGGCCUGGAAGACGAUGUUAAGCUAUUGCGGCUCCUGCUACAGGUUUGUGGGGGACACCUAUGGCGAGCGCCUUCGGAUCAUCAAGGAAGAUUGGACCGUUGUGCAAGCCUCGGCGAAGGAAAAGGAAGAGCUCGCCUCGAAACAAUCGAAGGAGGAAGCAGGGGAAGAAGGGGAUGAUAUGGUAAAAGAAGAGAGCGUCAAACGUGAAGGCGCGGAGACCUUCAGUUUCGGUCGAAUGUGCGCCUUCAGCAAUGAAGUCAUGGGCCAAAAGACUGAAGGCUGGAUGGAAGAGCUGUUGAAGGUCUUCCAUGUAUUGGUGGAUAUGAUUUCCAGCCCGGUGCACCUUCAAGAGGAGUGCGACCUGUUGGCCAUCAAUUUGAUCGUCAGAUCGCAGUCCAUCGAGUUUGAGAAGUUCAAACCUGUGAUGCUCGCAGCCUUGCGUUCGCUGCUUCCGAAGCAAUGGAGCACCGCCCAUGAGAACGCUUGGGAAUGGCUGUGGAGCACCGUCGCACGCAACCUCAGGGAGUCGACGAUGAAGGUCCGUGCCUUCAAACCGUACAACGUGAAACUCUUCUCCACGCUCGAGGAAGAGCAAUUGGACCGCUUUCGCAAAGAUGUCUACACGGAUUUCUUCAAUCGAGCACCUGCCAGCCAAGACUUGUUUAAACAGUCACAGACGCGCUUGCGCUACAUUGCGGACAGAGUCUUGCAAUCCUCGUCGGACCUGUUCCAAAAGAACAAAGAUGAGACACUUGAUGAUUUGUCUGCACUGGGCUUGCGGCACGUAGGCUAUGGCAUCCCCAUCGAACUCUUUGGUCCAUUCGUGGAGUCCUGUGUGACCAUCAUGGGACAACUCAUCAGCGACUUCCCCAACGACAACGUGAGUACAAAACUGGUGUGGUGCCCAAAAGACAAUGCACACCAAAUAGCAGAGAAGGACCUCCGCGAGCACAUGAUGAUUGAAGGUUUCCGCUGGUCCAUUGGUCUCACGGCCCGUGUUUUGGUGCGCACUAUCAUGGAUGGCUCCACUGCCGUCAUGCAGGCAAUCCAUUUGGACAACCCCACGCGUUUGCGUCGCGCACUACUGGACGCACCACGAUCGGAACGCUGUGUGUGGCAGCUGGCGGUGAUGGUCGGUAGCCAGUCCAUCUCGCCCCUCUUUUGGUCCUUGAGGAGUGGGGCGCACGCCACAGCCAAGACCAUGAUUGAAGAUAUCCUCACCAUCAGAGCAGACAGAGACAAUUACUACUAUGGAGUUGAUGAGCUCUUCCAGUUCCAGCCGAACAUCGCGGACAACGUCCUGCGGGAGGCACCCUUUUUGGCCGAGACUCUUCUCGAUGGCUUGAUUUGGCGCUCCCAUAAGAGCCAGGAUAACUUGCGGCCGGUGAUCUACUACUUGAAGCAUUUGUUGCAGGACAUGGACGAGACACAAAUGCUAUCGAGAGGACUCAUCAGCUACAUACGCUUCAACCAUCCCCAGACCAUCAUGCAUCCGAUCUUAACCUUUUCUUUGGAUUUGCUCUGGGAUAGGUUGGCCAAACGCUUUUUUAUCAUGGACCGCAUUUUGACAGUCGUCAACUGCUUGAUCUUCAUCCUCGCGGAAUGCCGCUUGUUGUAA